AUGGCUGCGCAAGAGGGAAAUUGGUCGGGAAAUGGACCUAUCCAAGUAGGGUUUCAGCAUAAUUCUGAUUAUGCGACGAACGGGUUUCGCGCAGUCGCGUAUGUGAUUCCCAUGAUAGCCUUCAGCUUUUUGGGCAUCGAGAGUGUUGCGGUCACCGCGUUUGAAGCAAGAUCGUCGAAAUCGCUACGCCUGCCUUCUCAGUCAAUCGCCUACGUCGCACUAGUCCUGUAUUUCUUGUGUCUUCUGGGCCAGCUUCUGAACGUCUCUUGGGAUAAUAAACACCUUCCACAAAUCUACGGCGGCAUCGGAAACGAUACCCAGGGAAGGGAAAAGCCUAUGCCCGAGCCCGGAUCGAGCAGCAUGACCAUCAUAGCGCUAUGGGCAUGGGGAGCCAUCGGACAUAAGGCCCUGGCUGGCUUCCUGAAUGGAGCAAUGAUAUUCGCCGUCAUGUCUGCAGGUAACACCUCCCUUUACAUCGCAUCUCGAACACUAUACGGAUUGGCGCGAGAUGUGCCGAGAACAACUAGGUUGGGAAGGCUGGCAAACGGUUUCUCUCAUGUGGUCCCAAGUACUGGCGUUCCAGCACGAGCAUUACUUCUCUCGGCUUUCGCUUUCAUCUGGCUACCUUUUGUCAGCCUGAAGAGUGGCUACGCCAUACAAUACCUCAUUGAGAUCGUCCAGAUCUCUUCCAGCAUAAGCUGCCUCAUUGUCUGGGCGUCAUUAUCUUUCGCAUAUCUCCGUUAUUACCUAUGGCUCAAGAGUUGCAAGGAACACCUCAUUGGCGACCGAUUCGCGCAGUUCAAGCGUAAUACGAGUGAAUACAAGCCCUUCACAGUCCUCGCCUUUGCGCAACCGUUACCCGCAAUUAUCUCCAUUGUUGGAUGUCUCGUCGUCCUCGGAUUCUGCAGCGCUACAUGGUGGAGUUCGCCAGUCACGUUCGCGAAAGUCGCCAUCGGAUAUACGGCUCCAUUUUUUGUUGCCAUUCUCUUCAUCCUAUUCAAAAUCGUCAAUCGCCGGCUGUGGGUGAGGACUGGCACGAAUUGGGCCGACUUUAGCCAAGCACUGCAGACACUGAAAUGGUAUAAGAAUGAUGAGAUAGAUCCGGAGCAUGAAUUGCAAGAAGUUACGGGGACGCGUUCGCCUCCGAUCAUGCCGUAG